ACCUGACGCGUCAUGUCAGCUGACCGCAACUGAAAGCUUUUGUCAUAUGACAUUUGAUUUCAUCGCUUCUUCAGAUGUAAACUUUCCUCUGUGCAAACAAUUUGACGCGAAAGAGACGGAUUAUAACUGCGUUAUAACAUGACACACAAGCGGACAUACUUGGAGCUUUGCGCUUUAUUAGUUUAUCUGAGUGUUAAUGUGAAGCCGGUGAAUGGUGUCUGGCCAUUGCCUCAGCAGAUAGAUAUAUCCGCAGAAAGAUACGCGCUGAGUCCACAGUUCUUCUCUUUCACCUACGGAAAAGAUUCAGCUGCGCAGACGGGCUGCUCUGUGUUGGAUAAUGCCUUUAAAAGAUAUUUCUCCGUCAUAUUUCCAGACUUUACGCAUGCUUCAGGAUCAAGAUUUCAUCACCUGUGGUCCGAGGCGAAACCAUUUGUCGUUUCUGUGAGUGUCAAAACCAGUGGGUGUGAUGGCUACCCCGAUGAAGAUUCGGAUGAGAGCUAUAACCUGAGUGUGUCUGAGAGCCAAGCUCUGCUGAAAUCGGUAUCGGUAUGGGGCGCUUUAAGAGGUCUGGAGUCACUGAGUCAGCUCGUGUACCAGGAUGAUUAUGGCUCUUACUUUAUCAAUAAAACAGAAAUCGUGGACUUCCCACGCUUUGCUUUCAGAGGUCUUUUGCUGGACACUUCAAGGCAUUAUUUACCUCUGCACGCUAUUCUAAAGACCCUUGAUGCCAUGUCCUACAGUAAAUUCAAUGUGUUUCACUGGCACAUUGUGGAUGACCCUUCCUUCCCAUAUCAGAGCCGCAGGUUUCCGGACCUCAGCAAUAAGGGGGCUUUUCAUCCGUUUACACACAUCUACACCCAAACAGACGUGAUGAGGGUGAUUGAACAUGCAAGAAUGAGGGGAAUUAGAGUCGUACCUGAGUUUGACUCACCUGGACACACUCAGUCAUGGGGAAAAGGACAGCCAGAUCUUUUGACACCUUGUUACAAGGGAGAUGUUCCCACUGGGACAUUUGGACCUGUCGAUCCAACGCUCGAUUCCACCUAUAAGUUCAUGGAGAGCCUCUUUAAAGAGGUGAAGUCUGUCUUUCCUGACUCUUAUGUUCAUAUAGGAGGGGACGAGGUCAGUUUCACCUGCUGGAAGUCCAAUCCCAAUGUGGGAAAGUUUAUGGAAAAGAUGGGAUUUGGGAAGGAUUAUACUAAAUUGGAAUCGUUCUAUAUGGAGAACAUAGUGAACAUGACCGCCGCUCUCAACAAAACCGCCAUUGUGUGGCAAGACGUGUUUGACUACCACGAGAGAAUUCCUCAGGAUACGCUCCUGGAGAUCUGGAAGGGCCUUCCGGAAAAAUACGAAGAUGAACUGAGCCGCAUGACCAAAGCUGGGUACCGGGUUCUGCUCUCUGCCCCCUGGUACAUCAACCAUAUCAGCAUGGGACAGGACUGGCGUAACUCAUACGCAGUACAGCCACAGAAUUUCUCCGGCACGGAUGAGCAGAAGAAGUUGGUGAUCGGCGGAGAGGUUGCAAUGUGGGGCGAAUAUGUCGAUGCCACCAAUCUCUCCCCUAGAUUGUGGCCGAGAGCUUGUGCUGCAGCUGAGAGAUUGUGGAGCGAUGAAAAUAAAACAUUAAAUGCGGAUUUGGCCUACCCUCGCCUGACUGACUUCCGCUGCAGACUUCUAAGGAGGGGUAUUCAGGCCGAGCCCCUGUAUGUUGGCCAUUGUAAUCAUGAGUACAGUGGUCUGUGAAUACAGAAAGGUACCAGCAGACACAAACGCAAUAUAUUGUGCACUGUAAUACUGCUUUUGAAUUUGCACAUUACUUUUUAUAUUACGGUCAAUUUUGUUUUUACAAUAACACACACAUAUGAAGAAAUGUGAAUUUUUUGAUUAAAGAUUUAUGCAAGAA